GGUUUAUGUUUUUUCUCUUUCAUUGUGCGGCUUGCCGUAGAAACCGUCAUGAAGCUGCUGCUGUGCUUGCUGACCGCUUGCCUCGGCGCGGAGCUGCGAAAGCGCGCGGCGCAAAGCGCGCAGAGCGCGCAGAGCGCGCAGAGUGCGCAGUCCACGCAGCGGCGAGUUGCCACCUGCUCCUGCGACUGCUGCGGGGUGGCCCAGAGGCGGCCAGACGAGCGCCGCAACACAGGCCUGAAGUGUGCCCCGGCGGCGGGCCACAGCGCGGAUCUCUGCAGCGCCCAGUGUCGCCCACACCCGGACGACCAGGUCCUGGGGCUGGUGGCCCGGGAUCUGCUGGACUACUCCCGCUUCUGCUUCUACGAAUGCAAGCCCCCGGGCCUCAACAGCGCGCUGGAGUCCCAGUGCCUGGCGCUGGCCCCGUCGGAGCUGCGCCAGGUGCUGGACAGCGACGGGAACGCCAUGGACCCGGCUUUCCUCUAUGGAGCUCCGGCCGCCGUGGCGCUGGCGAAGGAGAGCCCGGCAGAGACAGCUGCAGAUGGCCGGCAGGCAGUGACGGAGGUGCUGACAAACGCCACGGAGGACACCGAGGAGGCGAGCGAGUCAAAGGUGGCCAACGAGAUCGAGGGCGCCGGAGACCCGCUGGCGGCGGCGGCCAAGGCCCGCGACGCCGCCCAGCGCGCGGAGGAGAGCGCGGCGAACGCGCAGCGGGCGGCGGAGCGGACCAUCGAGGCGCUGCAGAGCGGGCGCAACGAGACGUGGAUGGCGGCCAUGUGGCAGGCAAACAAGGCUCUCAACUUCAUGAAGCGCACGGAUUUCAGGCUUGCUACAAGCCAUACCGCUACCAACGCGCCGGUGCCCUGGCGAGUGCAGGCGGCUGAGGCAGCGCGCUCAGCGGCGGCCCCCUACAUGGAGGUCCAGCGCCACUACGCGGAGACGGUGCCGCAGCUGCAGCGGGCCGCAGCGCUGGAGGCGCGGCGCAAGGCGGAGGAGUUGCGGCGGGAGGCGGACGAGCUGAAGACGAAGGCGCUGGUGCUGCGCAACUCGGGGGACCUCACCGCAGCGCGGCUCACCGACGCCUUCGCCCAGAAGACCCGGCAGAGCGCGGCGGCGCAGGAGCAGGCGGCAGAGGAGCAUCUCAAGGCCGCGGAGCUCGCGGUGAAGAAGGCCAAGGACGAAGGCUAUGCAGAGCAAGCGCAGGAAGCCGCGGACGACGCAGUACAAAACCUGAAGCUGCCAGUAAGGUACCAGCGGUCGCUGCCGCCCGACCCGCUGCGGCACUGGAAGCCCACUGCCGCCUCCCCGCUGCCCUAAGAUCGAAUCGAAGCGGC